UUUUGGCUCCUCAGCAAGGCUGGCGAGCUGCGACGAGAUGACUACUGUGCUGAUGGCGGCUAUGAUAAGAAGCAAAUAAAGCUUGCAAGCUGCCACUCACAGGGUGGAAUGCAACUAUUCGAAUACACUAAGGACGAUCAAAUUAAGAACCAAGGCUACUGUUUAACUCUCAGUGAAGAUAAGAAUCGCCUGACCCUGGAGAGUUGCAACAGAAGUCCUUCGCAGAAAUGGAUUUGGAGCCGCAAACCCUACAAGCCUUUCAAGAGUAAGGACACGCAAAAUUAG